AUGUUGUCUAAUCCACUUCAACGUUUUUCACCUUACCAGAACAUCACCUCCUCCAACAUCUCACCGGAUGGAAACGUCCAGCAAGGCACCAUGUCAGGUACAGGACUGGAAUCACUCGGGCAGAGCCAUCAAUAUCCGAUUCAACCACUCUCGCAAGCCGUCCCCCUCUCAAACGCUCAUCUGGAGAGGUCGGGUCCCCAAGUAAAGAAUCGACAACAUCCUUAUGGAAUUCAUCCGCGCAACGCCAGCACUUCAGGACCCAUCAGGAGAAGAAUCAGUCGAGCUUGCGAUCAGUGCAAUCAACUACGCACGAAAUGCGACGGCCAACACCCCUGUGCACACUGCAUUGAAUUCGGCCUGGGGUGUGAGUACAUCCGCGAAAGGAAGAAGAGAGGAAAGGCCUCGAGAAAGGAACUGGCCCAGCAAGCUGCUGCUCAGGCGGCGGCGGCUGCCAAUGGCCAGGCUCUUGAUGAAUCCACAUCUGAGAAUGGCCAAUCCGGAAACAAGGGGCUCGACUCGUCGAAUAUGGUACUGGAGCAGCAAUCUAAUGAACGACACCCGAGCACAAGCAGCAAAUCGAGCAGAGAUCCCGGCGACGAUGUGAUGCGACAUACUCAAGGUCUGGAAGGCCUCGACCCCCUUGGCAACAUAAGCGAGCAACCACACAUGGGUCGUUCCUCUCUGGAUGGCGAACACAUUGAAAAUAACGGCGGCCUGGAUCUCAAUGGCUUCGGAAGUAUGGCACACGGCUAUGAGACGCAGGGUCUUGAAGGUCCUGUGCUCAACGGUCAGUCAUAUGCGGCCAACGGACGAGGCAACAUGCCUGGUUAUGCAGAAUUCCCAUAUUCGAUGCAAGCCCAGAGUCCUCCCAACUUUGCCAAUAACCCCACAUUCAGGAUGGGAAAUAGCCCUCUUGGGUACUCGAUGGGGAAGGGAACUUCACCUGGAUGGGGCAUCUCAAUGGCUUCACCGCCAGGUCAAUACCAGUCCCAGGUCCCAGCUCCGGCCUUCAAUAACUCCAAGUUGCGAUAUCCUGUUCUCGAGCCAUUGGUGCCAUAUCUCAACAACCUUAUCCCUAUCCCGCUGGCUUGCGAUUUAAUCGACUUAUACUUUGCGUCCUCUUCAUCGGCCCAGAUGCACCCGAUGUCACCCUAUGUCUUGGGGUUCGUAUUCCGAAAACGAUAUUUCCUUGACCAGACGAGGCCGAGACCGUGUCAACCAGCGCUCUUGGCAAGCAUGCUUUGGGUUGCUGCACAGACCAGUGACGCUCCUUUCCUCGCCAGCACACCAUCAGCCCGUGCUAAGACGUGUCAGAAGCUCUUAGAACUUACAGUGUAUCUUCUUCGGCCUCUCAUUCAUACAGCACCAAGCGAUGCGCCCAGCCCCGUCGCUGAUGGUGUUGCUCUUGGUGGGUUGGGUGUGGCCAUGCCCGGCUCAAUUAGCCUUGAUGCUACAAGUGGCGAAUCAGGGCCAUUUGGUGCCGCAGGUAGUCUUGACGACGUGAUAACUUACAUUCAUUUGGCGGUCGUCGUCUCUGCUAGCGAAUACAAAGGCGCAAGUAUGAGAUGGUGGACCGCUGCUUGGGGCCUUGCUCGUGAGCUGAAGCUGGGUCGCGAGCUUCCCCCUGGGCCUUCACCUGCGACCCAAGAGAACAUGGACACUGACACCGCAGAUGAUGGAGAAGGCGGUAUUAGUGGUAACGGAUAUGUAGGCGAGGAAGAACGUGAGGAGCGACGCCGAAUAUGGUGGCUCCUUUACAUCGUCGACAGACAUUUGGCAUUGUGUUACAAUCGCCCCCUAUUUCUGCUUGAUAUAGAGUGCCAGGGUUUGUUGCAACCCAUGGACGAUGCCCGAUGGCAGAGCGGCGAUUUCAGCGGCCACUCGAAUUCAACCACAGAUCCCAAUUUAUUGGGAACGAGUCCAGAAGGUUAUGGCACCGACAUGACACAAGCCCAUGGUCCUCAAUACGAGUGCCGAGGCCACAGUAUAUUUGGAUAUUUCCUCCCUCUCAUGACAAUCCUGGGUGAAAUUGUCGACUUACACCACGCAAAGAAUCACCCUCGUUUCGGAACCGGCUUUCGUCAAGGCCACGAGUGGAAUGCGCAGACCGCAGAAAUUACUCGACAUCUGGAAAUAUAUGAGCAGAGCUUGCAGGCUUUCGAGCACAAGAACCUGCCCCGACCAGUGGAGGAAAGAAUCGAUGCUCAGAAUGAGGGCAACGAGCGCUCAGGGGUUCCUGAUGCCAACACACCAUCAGUCCACUCAGUACACACAAACGGGUCGAAUCGCCUCACCGAGAGCAAUAUACAGACUCGAAUCGUUAUUGCAUAUGGAACUCAUGUUAUGCACGUCUUGCAUAUUCUAUUGGCUGGGAAAUGGGAUCCCAUCAACUUGCUGGAUGAUGAGGACUUGUGGAUCUCAUCGCAGGGAUUCAUCACAUCGACGAGCCAUGCUGUUGCUGCGGCUGAAGCGAUCAACCAGAUUCUUGAAUUCGAUCCUGGACUCGAGUUCAUGCCGUUCUUCUUCGGUAUAUAUCUUCUUCAAGGGUCGUUCUUGUUGCUGCUCAUUGCGGAUAAGCUGCAGUCGGAGGCAUCGCCAAGUGUUGCAAAAGCAUGCGAGACAAUCGUGCGGGCUCACGAAGCAUGUGUUGUCACUCUAAGUACAGAAUAUCAGCGAAAAUUCAGCAAAGUUAUGCGUAGCGCUCUUGCUCAGGUUCGAGGUCGUGUACCUGAAGAUCUGGGAGAGCAGCAACAACGGCGAAGGGAGCUUUUGGCGGUUUAUCGAUGGACAAAGGACGGAACAGGAUUGGCAUUGUGA